UUUUCGAAAAUUUUUUUUAUUAAACUGAGAAUCAUUUUAUUGAUGUAUUCCCAUAUUUUGAAGCCCGAUUUUGCAUUUUUUAAUUAGUUUCAGUCAUUAAAAGCAAUAAUAAAUUUUCUUCAAAUUUCAAGUUCUCGGAUAUAUAUACAGUAACUUAGUUAUCCAAAAAUGGCACGCGAAAAUGUUUAAUGUAUAUUUUCUCGUCUCUGACGUCCAACGUGGCUCCAGCGAGUACCAAGGAGCUGUAAAUAUUGUGUCAUCUCUAUAAUGUGUCAAAUAUAAAAUAAUGAUAUUUUAUUUUCUGUUUUCUCGUUUUAGAAGAUAGUAUUAACGCUAUAUUACACAUAGCACGUACAGCGCGAAAAAACGUACUAAGAUCCUUUAGUCCAUAUUUUAAUAUACAACACAUGAUAUUGGAGUUUUUGCAGAAGCUUCUUCCGGAUGACGCUCACAUUCGUGUAAAUGGUAAACUACAUAUUUCUUUGACUAGAGUAUAUGAUAUGAAGAAUGUCAUCAUCUCACAAUUCGAUUCAAGGGAGGACUUAAUACAAGCUUUACUAGCUACUUCGUUUGUGCCAAUAUUUUCUGGUUACUUGCCACCAAAAUAUCGCGACAUUAGAUACAUGGACGGUGCUUUAAGCAACAAUCUUUUUCUAUUCGAUGAAGAUACAAUUACUAUAUCUCCAUUUUGCGGAGAAAACGAUAUUUGUCCUAGAGACUUUUCGGCUCACCUUUUUGAUAUCUUUGUCUCUAAUAUGAGUGUAGAACUUUCUCAGAAAAAUAUACAUAGACUUAUUCAGGCAUUCUUGCCACCUAAAAUAGAGAUUCUCUUGGACAUGUGUCAGCAAGGACACGACGAUGCACUGCAGUUUCUGCAUUGUAGAAAUUUAUUAAAAUUGAAUCGUAUUCACAUACACAACAAAUACGAGUUUAUUCUUCUAAUCGAUUAUGGAAUAAAUACGACGCAAAAUAAUAAUGAUAAGAUACUGAAAAGAUACAUUAGCGAUACUCCACGCGCACCAACGAUGAUUGCGCAACAAAUUGCUAAUGAAGAUCUCCCUCACAGAAUCAGUGAUUAA